AUGUCCUUUUUCAAGAAGCUCACUAAAGAGUUCGACUCGCUCACGGCGUCCUUGUCCGACAAGAAGGACGAGGGCCAGAGCCAAAGCCAGGACCAGAGCGGCGGCGGUACCCGAGACUACCCGCAACCCGGAUACCAUCAGCCCUACCAGGGAGGCGGAUCUCCCUACCCUCCCCAGCAGGGCUACCCUCCCCCGCAAGAUCCUUCCUACCAACAGAACCCGUACCAGGGCUACGGCGCUCCGCCUCCUGGCCCUCCGCAGUCCCAUGGAUACGACUCCGCGUCGCCUCCCGGUCCGUCGGGACCUCCACCGAUGCCGGGACACCUCCCUCCUCUACCUGAAGGCUGGGUAGCCCAGUGGGAUUCGCAGUCUGGCCGUUAUUACUAUGCGGAGCAAGCUACCGGCCACACGCAGUGGGAGCGACCUCUUCCUUCCGGAUAUUCCGCGGGCCCUCCUGCCGGGUAUGAUUCCAACACCCGAGGACAUGAUGCGCAUUAUAGUGGUGGUCAAUAUGGUGGUGCUCCAGGAGGAUAUUAUCCUCCUCAGGGCUAUCCUUCACAGGGCGGCCACUAUGAUGGCGGCUAUUCCGGAGAUGGGCACGAGAAGGAAAAGAAGAGCGGCAAGGGCGGUAUGCUCUUGGGCGCUGCUGGUGGUUUGGCUGCUGGGGCUAUCGGAGGUGCCCUCAUUGCGAACGCUUUGCAUGAUUCGUCUGACGAGGAGCAACAUGUUGUUCAUCACCAUCAUUACUCCGCACCGCCCCCCGAAGAGGACACUCGCAGCGUCUCAUCUAGCGACCAGGAGGAGCUUGAUGAGGCACGGGAGGACUAUGAGCAGGCACUUGAAGAUGCGGCAUCCUCUAGCGCGAGUAGUAGUGAUCGAGAGGAGCUGGAAGAAGCUCGCGAAGAGUACGAGGAAGCUUACGAGGAGGCCUACGAUGAUUAG